CUGGCGCUGGGCUUGCUUCCCGAUAUCUUGCCAAUAUAACCGGCUGCUCCUGCUACUAGCAUGAAGGAUAUCAGUGUCUGUCCUUCUCAUCAGGAAUACAGCAGUCACACAAUUGCCCUUCGUUUAUACCCGCCAUGGCAGAAAAGGGCCUUGCUGAGCAUGUGGAGAGCCAAUACCAAGCUCCUACGGAGUCUUCUUCAGAGAAAGACCAGUAUGUAUUCUCGGUAUUCUGCAAUCUGUGCUAAUCAUGUACAGCCAUGACACGGCAUUCUACUUCGACCCUAAAGCUGAAGCCCGGCUGCGUCGAAAGAUCGAUUGGUAUAUCGUGCCUACCGUUUCCCUAAUGUACCUCUUCUGCUUCAUCGAUCGAGCCAACAUCGGUAGACACAUCCCAUGACUACAGAAAUACAAGCAGAUACUAAUGUAGCAGGAAAUGCCCGACUUGCCGGCCUCGAAGACGACCUCGACAUGGCAGGCUACGAUUACAACACCCUCCUCUCCGUCUUCUACAUCUCCUACAUCGUCUUCGAAAUCCCAUGCAACAUCGCCUGCAAAUGGAUCGGCCCUGGCUGGUUCCUCCCCGCCAUAACUCUGGCCUUUGGAAUCUGCUCUGUGGGAACCGCCUUUGUCCAGUCCUUCAACAGCGCCUGUGGCGUCCGCUUCCUCCUGGGAAUCUUCGAAGCAGGCAUGUUCCCCGGAAUCGCAUACUAUCUCUCACGGUGGUAUCGAAAAGCUGAACUCGCCCUCCGCCUCUCCAUCUACCUCGUAAUGGCCCCGCUAGCAGGAGCAUUCGGCGGCCUCCUCGCCUCGGGAAUCCUCAGCCUGUCCUCCUUCGGAAGCCUACAUACCUGGCGCAUGAUAUUCGCCAUUGAAGGAAUCAUCACCGUCGGAAUCGGCGCCCUCGCCUUCCUCACCCUAACCGACCGCCCAGAGACUGCUGUCUGGCUAUCCAAAGACGAAAAAGAGCUCGCAGUCUCUCGCGUCCGCUCUGAAUACGAACACGCCGGCGCACGCGAAGUCCUCGACAAACUCGACAAGAAGAAACUCUCCCGCGGCAUCUUCAACCCUAUCGUCCAAGCCACAUCAUGGAUCAUGCUUUUCACCUGCGUCACCGUGCAAGGGCUAGCCUUCUUCGCCCCAACAAUCGUACGCACAAUAUACCCCGAGAAAAGCACCAUCCAGCAACAACUUCAAACCGUGCCGCCUUAUAUCGUCGGUGCAUUCUCAACAAUCCUCGUCCCGUAUCUCAGCGGACGGUUCAAUAAACGUAUCGGCCUGUUCAUAUGUACCCCUAUCCUCAUGAUGGUGGGUUAUAUCAUCUUCCUAGCGACUGAUAACCCGCGCGCUCGAUAUGGAGCGACAUUCCUGAUCGCCUUCGGGUCGUUCCCAAUGGGCGUUCUGACGACUGCCCACGCAUCAGUUAACGUCGUUUCCGAUACCUCGCGCGCAGCGGCUAUCGGGACGGUCGUGAUGAUGGGGAAUAUCGGCGGGCUUGUGGCGACGUGGUCCUUCCUCCCCUUUGACGGGCCAGACUAUCCAAUCGGGAAUGGAUUGAAUCUUGCCACAGGUUCGGCUAGUCUUCUUAUUGCGGUUGGGAUGUUGAUAUGGUCGAAGUGGGAUAAUAGGCGGCGGGAGGCGGUUGGCGAGAGGGGUGGGAGGAGGCUUGAUGGGCUGAGUGCGCGUCAGAUUGAGGAUUUGGAGUGGCGCCAUCCGGCUUUUAGAUGGUUGCUCUAGGAUAAGUAUAUUGUACGAGGAAUAGCCAGCAAAUUACACUUGGAUGUUUCAGCCAUAGUCAUCUACUACUCCUCGUAUAAUGGCGUCAAGCCAAUGAGAGUUUCCCCACGCAGACAGUGGCGUAUUGAUGGUUAGUUACAGCCUUCAGCCUUGCGGCCGUCCAUAGGACAGCCUUGUCAAUUUCCUAAUCCGGCCAAUGCUGAGGCACGCAUCCCUGUCUGU